AAGGCGAGUCUCGAGAGCGUAAACAACAUGGCGCGUCACGAACAUGGAGAAUCUUGAUCAACACUGCUCCGGAAAAAAUAAAGCGUUCAACAUACGGAACUUAAACAUUUCCUUCAGCAUUUUUACUUGUUUUUCCGAAUUCUGCAGGAAGAAAGAAAUCCAGUAAAAUAGCUGUCAGAGCAUUGAAAUCACAUUAUCGACAAUCAGUCUAUGGGAUCUCAGUCCAGUUCUGGGAUGUCUGGUCGGGGCUCUGGAAACAACCCAGACCAGUCAGAACCAGAACCCAAUCAAAAUUCCAACGAGACGAGCCGCACUCAAUCCGACAGACAGACCGAAAGACAGCCUUCAGGAUCUGAAGACGACGUUGAUUUAGCCCAAGUUCUGGCGUACCUACUGCGAAGGGGCCAGGUGCGCCUGGUCCAUGGAAGUGGAGCCACAGGCCUACAGCUCGUGCAGUCAUAUUCCGAUUCAGAUGAUGACAGCGAUGGAGCCUGGGAUGGGCGUUUAGGGCAUCGAUAUGACCCACCUGUGGAUGUCCAACCAGACACACAGGAAGUGGACCGCAGUGAGAUCCGCACUCAGAUCCUGCUUGCCACUGCUUCAUCAGGUUUAAAGGGCAGACACAGCUUCACACAUAUGUUGGCAGAGCGGGAACAGGGACGGUGUCGCGGGUCAAGUUUUUCUCAUGGAGAAUGUAGCCGUAUCCGUUCACAUUUCCUGCCCAAUCAUGUGGUAUACAAGGACACAUAUCAACAGAAAGUCUUUUGUGGAGUCUACAGUGAUGAUGGAAACAUGUUCCUGUCUGCAUGCCAAGAUCAGAAUAUCAGGUUAUAUGACACUAGUAGAGGCCGUUUUGUUCUGAAGAAGACUGUGAAGGCCAGAGACGUGGGCUGGAGCGUUCUGGACGUUUGUUUUACACCUGAUGCUCAGUGUGUGCUCUACUCCAGCUGGUCUGACUACAUUCAUGUGUGCAGUGUAGAUGGGGACAAUGAAACACACACCGCUCUAGACCUCAAUCCAGAUGAACGGAGGUUCUGUGUUUUCUCAUUGGCCGCAUCCACGGAUGGGAAAGAGAUUUUAGGCGGUGCCAAUGAUGGUUGCCUGUAUGUGUUUGAUCGGGAGCAAAACAAGAGAACUCUAAAGAUUGAUGCUCACGAGGAUGAUGUGAAUGCUGUAGCGUUUGCAGACAGUUCUUCCCAGCUGCUGUUUUCAGGCAGUGAUGAUGCCGUUUGUAAAGUAUGGGACAGACGAACACUCAGAGAAGACAAACCACAGCCUGUGGGUCAUCUGGCAGGACACAGAGAUGGAAUCACCUUCAUACACAGCAAGGGUGAUGCUCGAUAUCUGAUCAGUAACUCCAAAGAUCAGACCAUUAAGCUGUGGGACGUGAGGAAGUUUUCUCCUAAAGAGGGGCUUGCUGCUUCACGGCUUGCUGUCACACAACAAAACUGGGAUUACCGCUGGCAGCAAGUUCCUCAAAGAGCACUAAAGAGACACAAGCUGACGGGCGACACCUCUGUGAUGACCUACAGGGGUCACGGGGUUCUGCACACGCUCAUUCGAUCUCGCUUUUCUCCUGAAUUCAGCACUGGACAGAAGUACAUUUACACAGGCUGUUCAACAGGCAAAAUCGUCAUAUAUGAUGUGUUGACGGGAAGUGUCGUUUCCAAAUUGUCCAACCAUGACGCAUGUGUGCGGGACGUCAGCUGGCACCCGUAUCAUGACAACAUGGUCAGCAGCUCUUGGGACGGUGCCAUACGCUUAUGGGAACACACAGAAUCACCCACUGGAUAAAGACAGAGAGGAGGAGUGUGGAAAUAGUGGAGAAGACGAAAGUUGGUGACAUGACAGUUGUUUGUGAAGAGAUGCUGGAGAAAUAAAGUGCAACAGAAAAAAUACAUGAGAACAAAUGAUGUGAAGAGAAUUUUCAAUAUUUGUUUGAUUAUGAAUUGCUGUCUACUGACAUAAAAUGAUAAUACAGAUAUAUAAGUUUAAGCUAAAAGGAUCAUUGACAAAGUUAAUGGAUGAUGUGAUUUAGUGUUACUCUCACAGCUACUGUUACACCACUUUAAGAGGUUUUAGCUUAAAGUGAAAGGCUUACAGUUUCACAAAUCUUGAGAGGCAUGAUUUAAGACAGGCCUAUUGCAACUCCUUGCUUGAAAACCUGCUGUAAUGUUGCUUAACAAAAAGACAAUACUUCGAUAAAGGAAAAUUGCUAAAAAAAAAUUCAGUUUUAAGUUUCUGAAAGUACAACAAAUUUCAGGAAUAAUUCUAAAUAUUGUAAAUUAUUUUAUUUCUAUUAAUGUUCAGGAUUUGAUUUUGUAGCUCGUUGUAAAAGAGACAGGAAAUCUUGAUCUUGUUAAAAAUCUGAAUGUGUGUAAAAAGUGUGUCUGGAGACAUAUUCACGGGUUUCAGGUGCUGGAGCGAGUCUUUGUGUAUGAGUGUGAGUGUUUAUUUGAUAAAUGCUGAAUAUGUGUUGGAUUAAAGUGCAUUUGGACUUCUCUGAAGCACACACUAAAUUGUUUUACAAGAAUAAUUAAACUUAAACUCACAACUUUA